AUGGCGGACAAGCCGGCAGACGUCGCAGCGGCGCGGGAGAAGCUUGAGGCGCAGAUCAAAUCCGCAGACAUGACGGAUGAUAUGCAGCAGGAGUGCAUAGAAGUUGCUCAGGAGGCCAUGGCAAAGUUUACGAUUGAGAAGGACAUUGCGCAGCACAUCAAGCGAACGUUUGACGAGCGAAAGGGCCCGACCUGGCACUGCAUUGUUGGCCGUAAUUUUGGCAGCUUCGUAACUCACGAAACCAAGCACUUCAUAUACUUCUACCUCGGCCACUGCGCGAUCCUGCUCUUCAAGACUCAGUAA